GCCGUUAUUACUACAAGCUAGUUGACAUUAUUGUGACGCUACCUGGAUAUUGUGAAACAUUAAUUAAAGGUGUGCAUUCAAAAUGGAUUAUCAAGGAGAACGGAAUAUAUUAUCAUGGACUGGAUUUUUAUGCUUAAUGGCACUUAUUGUGUCAGUUAACUGUGGAGAAAUCAACACUUUUCCAAAUAAACAAGGAUUAUUAAAUGGUCCUUUAGAUAUAACUUGCUCAUAUAACUUAAAACAAGGUGAAAUAUUGGAUUCAGUGACUAUUUUUCGGCAAAAAUCAGGUGAUGUUAGUGGUUAUAAAAACAUAGUGAGAUUUACACCGUCUGGUACAAAUUACUAUUCAGAUGGAGAGGAUUUGAGGGACCGAAGUGCUUUGUCAUUACAAAAUAAUGUGGCAACUUUAGCUAUAACUAGUGUUAAAUGUGUGGAUGAAGCACAAUAUCGUUGUGUCCUUAGUUUCUUCACAAAUACUAGUCUCAUUGCAGGGGAUGACAAAAUAAUGCCAGGUGGAUUGACUGUCCAAGGAGGACCACAAAAACCAAGUCAGUUGAAUCAGUCUCCAACUGACGUAGCUUCUGAAUAUGAAUCAGUAACAUUUACUUGUGUAGCUGAAAUUGGGAAGUCUCCAAAAGGAGCUAUCAAAUGGGAGAAAGUCAUGGCAGACAACAGUAAAGAAAUUAUUUCUGAAUCUGUGACCAACGUAGAAUCAGAAACAAAAGAUUCCUGUACAAAGACAAUGACAUCAAAAUUAGUGUUGAAUGUAACACAAGCUGAUAAUGGGAAAAAAAUCCAAUGUAGCACCACACAUCAAAAUCUCCAGGAUCCCAACCACUUUCGUAUUACCAACAGCCUAAUUGUUAAUUAUCCUGUUAACCAACCAAAUGUAUACCAAACUCCAAACAAGCCAGCACAAGUUGAAGGAGAUAGAGUAGUGUUGACAUGCACAGCAAACUCAGUUCCAGCAGCAACUUACAAAUGGCACCAUAUAGAAUCUAAUGUUACUUAUGAUGCUAAUAGUAAUGGUGAAAAGGUCUUUUUGAACAUUCAAUUGUCAGAUAUUGGAACGUAUCGUUGUGAUGCGAUGAAUACCUAUCAAAACCAAACCUUCACAGCUAGUAAAAGUGUAUUAGUUCAAGUCGAGAAACAAACUACACCUAGCCCAACCUCAUCCCCUGGUACUAGUUCCUCUAAGCCUGGUGGUGCCACACAGCCAAGUACUGGUGGAAACGAUGAUAAUGAAACUUUGAUAAUUAUAAUUGUGUGUGUAGUGGUUGGUUUGCUGAUAAUUGCUGGUAUUAUUCUGUUCAUUAUCUGCAGAAAAAAGAGACAAGAAAAGAUUAAGUCUCAGAAAAUUGAAACUCCAUCAGAAAAACCAUACAAUAACAAUCCAGCUAUCAAUAGAUAUGCCUCAAGACAACCUGAUUUAGUCAGUGAUGAAAAGAAAUUAUAUGCCAAUCAACAAUUACAUCCAUAUAAUAAUCCAAAUAGUUCUUAUAACAAUAAUCCUUAUGAUUAUAAUCCCAAUACAUCAUUUGAUAAAAGAAGUGAAGACUUUUCAUCAUAUGGAGACAUAAAUUUUGAUGAUCGACCGAGAAGUCGUAAACCUGUUGCGUUGUCAGAUGCAGAUUAUGCAGAUAUUUCUAUGCCUCGAGUUUAA